CUUAUCAGCCAAAAAAGUAACCCAAUGGUUACUUUUUCCGCUGAAACUCAUUAAUGUAUCCGUUGCCAGACCUAAGUACCUCUUUACCCUUUUAUUUUCUUUCGCAUCUUCUCCUCUGGCCAUAGCGACGAGAACCUCCAGAGCUGCGCAUUCUUUUGUCCAGAUCGAGUUGCCAUACUUUUGUCCAGGUCAAUGAUUUCCUCCUCGACUGCGCCCUAGUUUCUGCCUUCCAGAUCCACAAAUUCUUGCUUGGGUUCUCCAUUUUCAUCUAAAGGUAAGUUGACCUACCCUCUAUCUUCUUCUUCUUCAAUUGUUUGUUGCCAUGGGAGCAGUCAGGAAGAACAGGGAGUCACCUAUUUGUUUUUAGUGUUAAGAACAUUGAUUAUUCUAUUGGGGCAUCAGGUGCUUAUUGUUCCUUUUAAUAUGAACUCUGUAUCCAUUUUUUUACUCAGUGAUAGGUGCAUCAAGAACUAAGUUAUAAAAAAUAUAAGAGUAUAAUGUACGUACUGUGCAAAUCCAAAAUGAUUGGGGAUAGUAUAAUAAAAGAAUUCAGUUUGGUGUUAUCAUUUUAUUAUUUGUAAUACAAAAGUGGAGUUUUAUAAAGUUCAUAGUUCGGAUAGUAUGAAAUGUCAGAUAGUUCAUAUUUAAAGUUCUAUGUAACAUGAGGUACUGCUAUGUAAUCCUCAUUAUAAGCCUCAUCACACCCCUUUCUUGAGAAAACUUAGGCAUUUUUUACUCAGGAAUUGUGUUGGAUUGUUUGAUGACGUUUUCUAAGGAUAUGAUUGCACAUGUUGACCCCACUUUUGAGAGUGUAGCACCUGAUGAAAGAUAUUUACCGCAUUUCAAGGACCGUAUUGGAGCUAUCGAUGGUACUCAUGUUCCAGCCAUUAUAUUUGAAGAGAAAAAAGAUAUGUGGUACAAUCGCAAAGGAUUUAUUAGCCAAAAUAUCAUGGCAGCUUGUAGCUUUGAUCUUCAAUUUACAUUUGCCGUUCCGGGAUGGGAAGGAUCAGCUCAUGAUGCUAGAAUUCUACGAGAGACACUUGAGAAUCCUAGCUUGGGAUUUCCCUAUCCCCCACUUGGUAAAUACUAUUUGGUAGAUGCGGGGUACUCUAUUCAAGAAGGUUUUCUGCCGCCACACCGUAACACUAGAUACCAUCCAUCUUCUUUCAAUGGAGAGAGGCCGAACUCGGGAAAAGAGUUUUUCAACAAGAAGCAUUCAUCGUUGCGUAGUUGCAUUGAGCGAACAUUUGGUGUUUGGAAGGCAAGGUGGCGUAUCCUUAGAUUCAUGCCUUCUUAUCCUUUUAAGGUGCAGGUCAAAAUUAUCUUAGCAACCAUGGCACUACAUAAUUUCAUCCGCCGAUAUUCCAAUGACGAUCCCGCCUUUUUUUGUUUUGAGACAAACCUUGAUUUUGUUCCGGAAGAUCGCAUUACUCCAACACAAGAACCAACCGAAAGGUCUUCAAAUGAGGUUCGCGGUGUGAGUUCUCAACGUAUGAUUGCAUUGCGAGAAGAAAUUACAGAAAAUUUAACGCGCAAUAUGAGGCAACGUCGUUGAUGGUGUAUAGCGAUUGCAUGUGUUCUAUUAUAUAUUUUCUUUGCUUAACGUAUUUAUGUUUGAAUUUAUAUUUUAAUGAACUCCGAUGAAUACUAAUGUGUAUUUUAUGUUUUAUUUUAUUGUAGUUUAAAUGCAUGUGAGCUUGUUAAUAUA